AUGUCUUCCCUCACUGCCCCCAUCGACAUCCCUCGGCCCAAGAGCAGCCGCGCCGGCUCCGACGCGAGCUCCAUCUCGGCCGACUCCUUCACUACCAGAAGAGCAGUCUCUCAAGACUCUCCGCGCCCCGCGAAGAGGAAGCACUCCCACUCCCACUCCCAGACGGUGAACGUCUACACCCACUGCGGACGUCACAGCUCACAGUUCCUCUUUGGCGGUCGCUCCUUCACGGACAUGGCGCGCUCCAUCUUUAAGCGCGAUUAA